AUGUCGGAAACACCAAAAGAUCAGGGGCCCUCGUCCCCUUCACCUUCACCGUCACCUUCUGCCGCCUCACCAAUGCCACUCGCCGACAAUGAAGUAGCAGGCAGCGGCGCCGCAUCUCCAAAUCUGCCACUCACCAUGUCGGCGUCAGUAGUACUGGCUGAUCUACCAAGAGAUGCAACUGCCGCGCUCGAAGCCGCAGGAAGUUUCAAGACUGACAAGAUUGUGGUGCGAUUUAAACCCGUCGGGUCUGCGCCAUCGUUGGCCCAGGAUGUAUGCAAGAUCAGUGCCACGAGACGCUUUGAAGAGGUUGUGAGAUAUCUGAGGAAGAAGUUGAGGUGCAAAGAGACGGACAGUGUCUUUUUGUACGUCAACAGUGCGUUUGCGCCGUCUUUGGAUGAAGUUGUUGGCAAUUUACAUCAGUGCUUCAAAAACUCUCACGGUCAACUUGUUGUUGCCUACUCUCUAACACCUGCUUUUGGAUGA